CUAUCAACCGCUACACAACUAUCACGCGAUUUUCGAAAAGUUCACGAGAUACUUUCAAAAUGCAUGAAUUUAUCUUACUUUCAUUUCUAUUUACGACAGCUUACUGUGCCAGUUAUCAAAAAUAUGGUGAAUCUAGUCAGUAUUCAAGUUAUACAACCGCCUCAAAUACUUACAACCAAAACCAAAACCCAUACAAAACUAGCUAUAGCAGCGACAUCGACAGAUACCCUGAAGCGACCCGCUACCCUAACUAUAAUCUUGGCUAUUCAUCUUCAAGACCUAAUAUGUACAACACUCCAAGUUCGGGUAUUUAUCAAAAGCCAAGCUAUACAACCCCUAGCUAUCAGUAUGGGCAAGGUUAUUAUGAUGGACAGAAUUAUGGCCAAGGGAUCACAUCAUACGAGAUGCCGUUUAUGAAAUAUAAUAGCGAAUACUGUGUGAGUAGAUCACCACAGAAUGGUAUUUAUGUAAAUAGUUUAACUGGAAUGUGGUAUGGUGUCGAAUUCAUCCAGCACUUAGCGGGAGACGCAAGGCUCGAUUACGGAAAUACCUGCAUUGUUAUACAUAUCUCGGAGCCACGGGAUAAGCCUUCAACCGAGAACCAGCUUUAUCACGUGCAGCAUAUCAAGGAGAAGUUUUUGCGUGAUAACCGCCAUUUGCGGUUAUUAUGGGACGAAGCCGGACAGACUAUUGAAUACUCGUUGUACUUCCGCAACGACUCUGCGGGCUACUGGCAGGUCUAUGAUGAACAAAAUGGAACACUAGCGUCCCGGCCGUCGUAUAUGCAUUUUAAUGGAGCCGUUCAAGUUCUGAAGGCUGUUAACGAUCAUUUGGUCCUUAAUUUUUGCCAAAAAGCAUCUAACGGUGCACCGGCGCAGUUGUAUACUGUUCUAUUCUCAAGGGAACCAGGAUCAAUGGCCCGGUGGGAGAUCGAAGCGGUCCAUGCUAUGCUUCAAAAUAAAAAUCUUUCUGUGGCUUCCAGACGGAUGGUCUGUGGUAAUAGCGCGCCAAAAUCAACUACAAGUCUAAUUUUUUCUACUAUUUCAUGCCUAAUAGCGUAUAUUAUUCGUUCGUCAUAAGUUUUGCAAUAUUGCAUUUAUAAUUUAUAAAUAGUUUUAUUUUUGAGAAGCAAUAAGACUUAUAAAGAAUAAUAGUUUGUGAGUAUUAUAAUUGUUUUUUCAUAUUACUUUUGUAUUCUAAAAUAAGCUGUAUUAAAAUCAUUAAUUUACUUACGAAUAAGGCAAUUAAAAAUAAAGUUUUACGAAUACACUUACGUCUAUAUUACAAACCGUAUUUAUAAAGUUUAUCUUAUAUACACAUAUUGCUGUUAUUAUCUUUGUGUCGUAAGCAAUCAGAAGCUCUUUAUACACUUGAGUGAAAAUUUCUGGCAUGGUACCAUCAACUUGAUAAUAUAUAAUUACACUAUUAUUUAUGGACAUCAAUUGAGUUAAUCUAACCCAGAUAAAGAAAUUGAAUAUAAUACAUUUUCAAAGAUAACAAGUAAAGCAUUAUUCACUAUUUUGAUUUGUUAACCCAUACAUAUAUUAUCGUGUAUCGACAAAGUAUAUUGAUAUGUCUAAGCAUUAAGUCAGGUAACAUCAGUCAGAAAGAAGUCAGUCAUUUAAAACCAUUUGUGUGCUUUUUAAAAUCUCGUCACUUUAAUAGAUUCUAUCAAUCUAUUUAACAAAUAAUAGUUAAUUAUUAUUUCAAUGGCACAAUAUAUAUAAUAUGUAUUUUUACAUUAUUUAUUUAAAAAUUCGGGAGAGAUCGUGUAAAUUACACCUAAUUUUCUUCAUUUAAAAUUUAUUAAUAGUAUCUGUAUUUAAUUUAAAAAUAAAUAAUUGUUACAUUAUGGGUAAUCGAAAUCUACUCAAAUUGUUUUUAGUAUAAUUGAACAAUAUCUCAAUACACAGAUAACACACUAACACAGACUAACAUUACAUUAAAAAAAAAACUUUAUUAAAUUACAUCUUUAUUUUUUUGUUUUGUCUACGAUCUUGAUGUUUUAUUCUAGCUAUAUCUUUGUCGUUAAAAGUUAUUCAGGGAAAUAAAAAAUGGCCUUAUAAUAUUUUGUAACAAAAAACUAUUUUCAUUCUUGUUUCUUAUAUUGUGCUGUUUAUUAUUUAUUGAUUUUUUUAACUGAAACGUUGAACUGCCUUGUAUUUUUGUAAGAUACUUGAAUAUCUCAUCUUUACGUUUCGAAUCGAUCAGAAAUUAAAUGAGCACGAUUUUAUUUGUUAUUUUAGCAAAGUAUGUUAUUAAUAUAAAAUAACUAAACAUGUAUCAUAUUUGUAACGUCAACAUGUGUGUUAUAUAGUGUACAUUUUUUCAAAGCAUAUAAUUUUAAAUGAUAAUACCUACUUUUUCCGUCCUAUGGAUAUAACAAUAAUAAGUUUAAAAAAUAACAUCUUAUAUAAUAAUUUAUUUUGGUGACCCAACAAAAAAUAUAAUUGCAGAAUUUAUCUUAUAAGUACAAUUGUUGUGACAUUUGAAAAAUAAAAUGAACCAAAGAUAAUUUAUAAGUAUAAGAAUUACUAUUUGAGCAUCUUG